GUCUGAAGGCAUCAGACAUCUUCAGCCCCUUCAGCAUCUGUCCCAGCGCAGGAAUGCUCUCAAUAUUGGUCACCGUGGGCUUUCUCUGCACAGCCACUGCCAUUGCCGAAGUAAUGGAAGUGACUCAGCCAGCAAUGGUGCUGGCCAACAGGCAAGGCGUCGCCAGCUUGGUGUGUAAAUACAAGCACAUUGGGAAUGCAAAAGAAAUCCGAGUGACUCUGCUCAAACAGACGGGUGACCGGUUUAUUGAAAUUUGUGCUUCAACCUACACAACGGAGUUUAAAAUGUUCAGUGUGGAAGAGGUCAUUCAGUGCCGUGUUAGCCCUAGCCGAAACAAUGUGACCCUCACCCUCACUGGCCUGCAAGCUAAUGAUACUGGUCUUUAUGUCUGCAAGAUGGAGCGGAUGUACCCUCCACCCUAUUUUAUGAACAAGGGAAAUGGGACGCACCUCUAUGUCAUUGAUCCAGAACCUUGUCCAGACACUACCAUAUAUCUCUGGGUAUUAGGAGCUACUGCCUCAGGAUUUUUUCUUUACAGUAUCAUCAUCUCAGCCAUUCUCGUGGGCAAAGCGAUAAAGAGAAGACGAUGUCUCACUACUGGGGUCUAUGUGAAAAUGCCUUCUGAAAAGCUAGAGAAAAAAGUUAUUCCAUUCCACAUCACUGUUAACUGA